GCAGCCGGCAGGCAGAGUGAGUUCGGUCACAGCUGUGUUCGGCUCUUUGUCGGUCUCCUCUCUGCGCCUUUCUAUCCGGUACAAGGAUACAAAGAGGCGGACAGACAACAUGAAAUAGAGUCAGAGCAUGCGAGCGGCGGGGGCAGCAGAGGGACACGACAAACCCAAGCGGACUGUGGUCUAGUCCGGACACGGAUACUACUAUCUCCGUAGUGGAUAAUCCGCUCCGCCGAUGUACGCACUGGAUUGUACCCACCAAAGAGUGUCGAGACCCGGGGGAGAGGGGCGGCCGUUAUCGCACAGGUCUGUCGGGGUUUAGGAGCGGAUCAUGGAUAAAACUUUGCACAUUCUCCAGAAAUCCGCAGACGGUGUGCCGACUGGGAUCCCCCUGGAUAUGAGUUUAAAUAUGGGUGAAGGGGAAGACUUCACAGAAAACCAGAUUGUGGGACUGUCAGAUAAAAUACCCCUGGUGAAACCGUAUUUCAAAAAGAAGCAGAGGAAACUGGACGCCAAAUGUCUCCACCGCGCCCUGGAGGAUCCUAUUCUGACCACUUUACUGAGCACGGAUACGCUGGUCUCUGGAGAUGGGGUCUUCGUCCCCCGGAACCAGGCCGGUCGGACUCCGGGGAACCUGUGCGCAGCUGCAGUAGUCAAACAGAACUGUAUGGAUCAGGUGUGUCUCAAAGACCCGGGGACUGCUGACGGUGCCUCUGCCGGCGCCAGGGUACCGGGGCUGAUGGCCCGGGACGGUGAUGUGGAGAUAGCUGAUACUACUGCAGAGCUGGAAGAGACAGAGCGAAGAGGGGAGCGACCCAAGAUCACUGACCCAACCCCUGACAGCCGCUGCUUCCAGCUGAAACCUGGCCUCAGGGCGGCCGGGAGCACAGUAACAAUAACCCCCCCCAGCACGGAUAUACCUCCCAUAGUUGCACCCCAGGCUCCUCACAAGGAGGGGAGCGUCAAAAGCAAUGACCUCUUAACCUCUGGGGCCAAAAGCCCUCCAGUCAAAAACUGCACUGGUGUCCAGGACCCCCAUCCCCUCAUCCUGCAGGCCUGUCUGCCCGACAAAAGAGUUCUAUUUCAGGAUAAAAGUGAGGAGGCCUCCCUGGACCUGGUUUUUGAGCUGCUCACCCAGCUCCAGUAUCACACACACCAGUCAGACUCUGUGGACAUUUGUGUGGAUUUUCUCCAAGGACAGUGUGUUUAUGGCAACGACUGUGCCCACCACCACACCGUACUGCCCUACCACUGGCAGAUCCGCAGGAGUAGCAGUCAGACGUGGCAGAGCAUAGCAGAUGAAUCCCAGGAACAACUGGAGAGACUGUACUGCAACCCGGACAAUGAGCAAGUCAGGCUCAAGUUUCAGGGCCGAGUGUUUUCCCUGGAUUUCGGGGCAAUGCGAGUGUGUGACCUGGAGUUUGACCACAUCCGUCGACUGACCACUCCUCCCAGCCCUCUUGCUACACCUACCACGAGUCCAAACCCCGCCCCUAACUGUCACACAGUGUGGAAGUACUACUGCAGAGACAAUUUUGGCUGGAGGGAAUACUCUGAGCCAGUGGUGAAGCUGAUAGAGGAGGCGAGUGCCAGAGGGCUCAAGGAGGUGCGAUUCAUUACGCUCCAGAACCAGUAUAUCCUCAACAUCAGGGAGGGCUUCCAGCAGAACGCCGUCUUUGGGUUCAGACGUCAGAUCAAGAAGCGACCCAUGUUCAUGUCCUCGGUCAUUCUUACGCCACAUCUACAGACUUUGGGGGGCCUGUCUUCUCCACUCCCCUGCUCCUCUUCCUCCUCAUCUAUGGACCUGUCAGCGUCUCAUCCUCUCUCGCCGACGACGACAAACCCUCCCAGCCUUUUCCCUGAAACGUGGUUGCCCAUGGCGAUGAGCCAAGACUUCCUUCAGGUGCCAGUGUCCCGUGACGACCGCAGCUACCGGACAGUGUACAGCCUGUUCCACAAGACUGUGUCGGAGACAAAGUUCAGGAUCAUCAAGAUCCUCCGAGUGCAGAACCCCUUCCUGUGGGAAAAGUACAAGAGGAAGAAGGAAUACAUGUCACGGCGUAUGUCAGAAAUGGACCGACUGCUGAGCGAGCGCCACCUUUUUCACGGCACCUCAGCCGACGUGGUGGAAGGCAUCUGCAAGCACAACUUCGACCCAAGGGUCUGUGGAAAACAUGCAACGAUGUUUGGCCAGGGCUCCUACUUUGCCCGCAAGGCAGUCUACUCCCACAACUUCUCCAAGCGCUCGCCCAAAGGUGUCCACUGCAUGUUCCUGGCCAAAGUCCUCACUGGCAGGUUUACAGUAGGAAAUCCUUCCAUGCGGCGACCUCCACCCAUUAACCCCCGCGACCCCUCCAGUGACCUUUAUGACUCUUGCGUGGACAACUGGGUGGAUCCCCAGAUCUAUGUCAUCUUUAAUGACGACCAGAGCUACCCCUACUUCAUAAUUCACUAUGAGGAGGUACCCAGCACAGUUGCCGUCUAAUCAGACUUGGGACGACGAGUGUUUGCAAAUAGUUUGUUUUAGUUUAUUAAGGUGCCAAAUGGGUGGAGUUUGUCACAGAACAUGAAAAAGAACAAAGUUUAGACUAAAAACUGAAAUUUACAAUACCAUGAUUUAUCACCUUAUGAAAUGUUGGAAUCGCUUUGUCAAAUAAAUUAAACUUCACCCAUGUAGUGCUUUAAAUGGCUUAAAACAAAGUGUAAGACAAAGAUGGCAAAUGGCAUGUGAUCCAGGUCUGCAGGCAUCGGGAUCUAACCAGAUUAGACCGCUGCAAGGAACAGCAGACUGGUCCCGACCAGACUGAACUGGACAAAACUGGACUAACAAAGGACAACACCUGUUUCAUCCAGUGUUCAAAGGUGGAUGACAACUGGCAACAGCUGCAGACACAACAUGCUUGACUGGACUCAUACGUCGGUCUUCGCUAUCCAGGAUAAACAGGAGCCGAGUGGUGAUCAUUAGACACAGGAGGAUUUAAUCUACUUUACUGAUCUGAAAAAACAGAUCUAGUCCCCCUGUCAUUUUGACUUGGUACCUACAUACACAGCCGUAUAGAGUCAGUUCCCCAUCAGGAUUCACCGUUUGUCCACACUGCUGUAGACAGUCGCGUCCUGCCAGUACUGUGAAUGACCAAGUGGUUGGAUUACUCUGAGGAAGCAGCAAGCAACCAAUUAGUGGCUUCCACUCUUUUGUAGAACAACUGUCCCCUUCAACCCUUCGAUCUCUGACAAAAAUCUUACUUGAGUGUUCACCCAGCCUCUGGCCCGUACAUUUUUUUUUUCUAACUGUAUGUGCUGCGUGUUUGAGUCUUUUAAUUUAGUGGACAUGAAUCUUGUGGCCUCUUCAACCAGACUUUUCAAUGGACAUCCACAUAAACCUCCAGGCAGAAAGUUUCGCAUGACGCCAGUGCUGCUCCAGUUGGCGUGUUUGCCUUUGCGCCCCACCACUUCGGUUUCUCGUGGGGGAUUGAAGAGUGUACAGUUUCACACUGAGACUACGCUGCCGCAACAGUGUAGCGUUUUGUCAACAGAACUGAACUCUCUGAAGCUCAUCAAUCCUGGAACGCUCUCGCUUAGAGACAGCAGACAUGUUUUAUUGAGAAAAACUGUACAGAUGUUCUCUUUGUUUAUAUUUGAACUGUGUGCCUUUUGUUCAUAAAAAUGUUUAUUUAUGUUAAAUGUAACAUUGAUUAAAUAAAGAAUCAAAAAGAGAAAAUGA